AUGACUUCACCACAAGUCGUAGUCAACGAGUUGUUGGCAUUUAUUCAAAAUGCCACCGUGACUUUGGAUGAGACCAGCAUCGUGCAGAUCAGCAAGUCCAGCUUCCAGGAGGAGGACAUAUGUAGUGGCAAGGCGCUGCUCUACCAGACGCUCGGCAAAGCCGACGAAAUGCCAUCACGACGAAGAGAUGGAGGCGUGAAGAGUCUACGGGACAUCAUCUCGGUGUUCAAGGGGACCGAUUCAUCAAACAUGCCCUCUUUCGUGGCGAAGGACCUACAUCGGCUACCUGUCGUCUCGUUGGACCAUGUUGACGUUUCCAGGCUGCUAAAGGAUAUAAUUUUCCUGAAGGACAGUCUGGCUGAAAUGCAGGCUAAGUUGGAGGUAUCGAACAAUACCAUCAGUGAAUUACGUUCUGAAUUAGCGUUAAUACGUAGUGCUAGUUCGGAAUGUAGGUCAGAUAACUCUAGCAUAGCCGUGUGUCACGUUGCGCGGAAUGCGUCCAUCGGCGGUUUCGAGUCCGCAAAUUUGGAUGCGUCGGCGAUUGCUGAGCAGGCGACCGCUGACCCGCGCCCCGCCGCCCGCCCGUCUACGUCACCGGGGACGCGCACGUCACGCGAGAGUACGUUGACCCCAAAACGUUCGUACGCUGCCACUGCCGCUAAGCCGCCUGCUGUGUCCAAGUCUAAGCAGCGGCCGAAGAAAGGGGUGCAGAGCCUUCGUGAACCUGUUCACAAGGAUCGGUCACAGCUGACUCUAAAAGAGUCCGGAUGCGACAGAGAUGGCUUCAAGAAGGUGGAGAGGAGAAAGAAGUCAGCUCGUCCGAAUCAGUGCGGUACCGCACCGACUGGACCUAACCAUUUGCUGCGUCCUGCAACACCGACGACGCUGCUGUAUGUGUCCCGAUUACACUACCUUACGAAGGUCGAGGAGAUCGUGAAAAUAGGGGCAUCAACAAACAUGCCCCACCGGUGCCAAUGCGGAGUUAUGGUGAAAAAUCUGGACCACCACGGCCUCUCAUGCAGCCGUAGCGCUGGAAGUAUCCCCCGCCACGCCAGUCUCAACGACGUCACCCUUGUCAGUGCCGAGGUACCGGCGGUCCUCGAGCCCAACGGUCUGGCCAGGGUCGAUCGCAAGAGGCCUGACGGAGAGACGCUGGUGCCUUGGAGUAUGGGCCGGCCACUUGUCUGGGACGCUACGUGUGUAGAUACUCUGGUACCGUCCUAUUAUUCCAGGCACCAAAGUUGGCGCUGGUGCGGCCGCUUCCUCGACCGAUAG